GCCUUGAGCCAGUCCCGCGCCACCCACCGCCGCGCGCGCACGGCCGCCAUCUUGGAAAACGCCCCGAAAACGCUCCGGAACCGCUAGUGUUUGUGCAGUUGCGAAGGAUAUGUGUACUCUGGUGAGUUCCAUUGCUGAAAAAGUGUGGUGAUCAAGAUGGCAGCUUUCAAGUUUAUGUUGUGUGUGAGCUUACUUCACGGAGUUCUUGCCAAAGGUUCCGAGUCCCAGAUAGAAUGCACGCCCGAGGUGAUGAAGGUUACUGUGCCUAUGGAUGGGGACCGGCAGACCUCAUACCUCGAACAGCUCAAAGACUACAAGCCAUGCAAGCCAGCGAUGGAGAAUAAUGUGGCCACGUUCAUGCUGGACCUCCAGGACCCCCACACCUGUGGGGUCACCAGGGUCCUCAACAAACUUACCGGUAAACGCACCUUCUACCACAAAAUCGUGAUAGAAACGGCAGGCGGCCGGGAAACGCACACGGUGCGUUGCGUGGUGGCUGGCAAACGCCUCGCCCGCGCCGUGGACUUCCCUUUAGAUCUCAUCGAACCUGAUGUAAUAAACAUCACGAGAAACGAGCAGGGCUACGGGCCUGAUCCCAUCCUAGCAGCAGUUGUCAAGCAAAACGGACGGCAGGUGACAGGAGAAAUCUCCGUGAGCCCAGGGACACCUCUGUCCAUGGAAAUCAACUUGGACGAGAAAUCCAAGUCGGUCUACGGUCUCCUGGUCAACUACAUGCACGUCACAGACACUGGGAAACAGCAGGAGACUAUCAUAUUUAAUGGUUGUUCCGUGGACCCGUACCUAUUCGACAACUUCAUAACGACGGACGACGGCGUGCUGUCGGCCAAGUUCAGAGCGUUUAAAUUCCCUGACACCUCCUACGUGCAGUUCAAGGGCACAGUGACCGUGUGCCUCGACAAGUGCCAGGGGGUACAAUGCACCAACGGUGUGACAGGCUACGGUCGCAGACGCAGGUCGAUCGCCUCCGGUGACAGCUCCAACAAAGUGUACGAGGUGUCGCUCACGACCUUCAUCAAGGUCGACUGGAAGGACGGCGAGAAACAGGCAGAAGACGUCUUAGCACUUCUCAAGAAUUUAAAAGUGGCCAAUCAGCGAUUAGAAGACAAUGACGCCACUGACACCAGCCCCAUCGUCCUAUACCCUGAAGAAAUCGUAGCCCACAGCUCCGCCAGCGCGCUAAGAUGCAGUGCUCUUGUAGCUUUAAGUUUAUUAUUAGUUAUGUUCAAGUAAAAAGUUUGCACAAGCUCAACUGAAAACUUACAGCCGUAUUCGAACAAUGAGAUACAAUACUUUUUUUGUUUUCGGUAACUUUUGAGACAAAAAAAGCAAAAUUAGAGCUUGUAAAAACUGUUAAGUAGACAUAGUCUUGUCAAUAUAUUGUGUAGAUAAUGUAUACAAAGGUGGAUGAGGAAUCUCAAAUUUUGAGCAUUGAUAAAGUGCUAUUCAGAUCUCAAACUGAAUAUCUUGUGAACUAUCUUUUUCAUUCUUAGUGCCGCAUUGUCAGGCAAAUGUGUGUAUCCGAGGCACACGCCACCGUUUUAAGUCCACCGUAAGGUGGCUUGGGUUCGACGACGGUGCCGCCCUUCCACACAUCGAUUGAAACCACUUUUCUACCCUACCCACAUAUGUAUUACCUAACCCUUUGCCUAUGUACUUAUGAUUGUUUUAAUGUAAUAAAUCAUUGGGCUAGCGUGGGGACUAUAGCCCAAGCCCUCUCGCGCAUGACUCGCAUGAGAGGAGGCCUGUGCUCAGCAGUGGGACGUAUAUAGGCUGAAAUGAUGAUGAUGAUGAAUAAAUUUUUGACCUGGUUAAUACUAGGAACAACAUAUUUUACAAUGAGGAAAUCCAUUCUAUUGAACUAUAGAAUUUAUAGCCUACUUGUAGUAUUAAGGGAGUCAUAAAACCUUGGCACGACUAUUUUAUUUAACACGCUACGUUGUAGCCGAUAACACGGGUUUCCCGGUGUGUAGCGAAAAUGCUUCGUAGAUGCAAAACGACAACGUGUCGUGAUUAGCGCUGAAUGGGUUAAUACAAAAUUUAAUCUUUUUUUUAAUGUAUUCAGGUUUUUUUUGAUAAAUAUGACGGACUGGCGGUCAAAGGGUUAGGAAGACUUUGUAAGUAAAUUUCGUCAAAUGUUAUCUCAAUUACUUCUUCGUUUCGGUGGCUGAUACAAGUUGUGAGAAGUGUCAAACAAACGAAAAAAAACGGAAUAAAAUACAUACUAGUUUUAUUGAGCAUUUGGUAUGUGUUUUGCCGUAAAUAUUUUGCUUUAUAGCCUAAAUGGUGUCAUGAAUAAUGCAUUAUGAUCCCCAAACGCAUACGUGUCGUCAUGGGUUAAAAAUGUAGGUAGUGCUUGUACAUUGAUACAUUAUUUUUUCCUAAUGUGUAAUGUAUAUGUACUAAAGAAACCUAAUAAACUUUGGGCGGAAGAUAAUGCAAAAACAAAAGACAUGUAAGAAGAUAGAGAUACGCAAAGACCUUACCUCGUUGGGAAACAACGAAUUUAAUUUAAGUGACAAGUGAUUUUUAACUUAAUUUUAAGUGCUUUUAAAUUUACUAUUGCUUUUAAUUGGCAUUUUCGCAAAACGUUGAACUACUUUAAAUGUCUCUAAACUAUCGUAUUACUAUGAAAAUAUUUUAAUUUGUGUUAUUUCAAGUACACAUACUACUAUUCUUAUUUUUUUUAUUUCGUUUUUUUUUUAAACGUUUUUUAUGGUUUCUUAAGCAAUGAGUACAGGUAGGUUACUUAAUAUAAAAUAUUAUUUUACACACACUACACUACAUAAAGUUGGUCAAGCAGAUCUUGUCAGUAGAAAAAGGCGGCAAAUUUGAAAAAUGUAGGCGCGAAGGGAUAUCGUCUCAUAGAAAAUUUGAAUUUCGCGCCUUUUUCUACUGACAAGAUUUGCUUGACCGUCUAUAAAAAAUAACAAUUAUUGAGGUUUUAAUAAAAAGUAUAUAUUUGGAGGGAAUGUCGACCCCAAAACUGUAUAAUUUGUAUCUGCAAGUUUUAGUGAUGACUAUGAAAAAACGUUAUUGCGAAAAUGCUGAUGUUACUAUACGAAUUAAAUAUACUGCCAUUUACAAUCAUUUUCUACAUCACAAACUUUUUAUGUACUUACACACCUAUUUUACACAACCCACAUUCGGUGUAGGUACCUACGUCUACUUUUUUUUACAAGGACCUACAUAGAUAUUCUAGACAUAGAUAAUCAUAAUAAGUUCACUAGUCUUAUCAUAAAAAAGUAUUGUAUA